UUGUAUUCUGCCUGCCUGAAAAUCCCCAGAAUUCUGGUUCGUGAUCGACACACGCAUUUUUGUUCAGCUCUCUUUCCUUGAAAAUUUGAGAUAAAAUUCUUUGAGCGAAGCCAUGGAUUUCUUCUUUAAGGGAAUGAAUGAAGAGCCAUCUGACUGCUCCUUUGAUGAGGAGGACAUUCAGAAAUGUCCAUUUCUAAGGAACAUCAACAAAACCACAAGCUUUUCAUUCUCUUCAGUGAAUUUUCCAAUGCCCAUAUGGGGAGCCAAGGGUCCAAUAUUUGAAGAUGGUCCGAAUUUUAGCACAGCAUUUAAGCUCUUUCAUGGGAGGGAUGGGGUUGUUCCUCUUUCAGGGAGGCCGUCUUUUCAUAAUGACCAUGAGCUUGCAUCUCAGUUCAAUCCCUUAGCAGCAAAAGCAGCCACGACCAGCCUAUCAGCAUUUGGCCUGGGAGGUCCAUUCAGCUUUGGACCCUUUAAUGACAAAUGGAGAAAGCAGCAGAAGAAAUCUGAGGCACCCAACAAUAGAGACAUGUCUUCGCAGAAUCAUAAUUCAUCAAAACAUGAAGCAUUGGGAAAAGAGUGGUUAGAAAUGGGAAACUGCCCACUUGCAAAGUCUUACAGAGCUGUUAGUCGGGUCCUUCCAAUUGUGGCAACGGCUUUUCAGCCACCACCUGGAAUGAAGCUUAGAUGCCCGCCUGCUGUAGUUGCUGCAAGGGCUGCCCUAGCUCAGACUGCCCUUGUUAAAACCUUACGCCCUCAGCCACUACCUGCAAAAAUGCUUGUCAUUGCUCUCCUGGGAAUGGCAGUUAAUGUGCCAUUGGGUGUAUGGAAGGAGCAUACACAAAAGUUUUCACUAUCAUGGUUUGCAGCUGUGCAUGCGGCUGUGCCCUUUAUAGCUAUGCUUAGGAAGUCUGUUGCGAUGCCCAAGAUGGCUAUGGUACUGACCAUUGGAGCAUCUAUCUUGGGGCAGGUUAUUGGCUCAAGAGCUGAGCGGCAGCGGCUGAAAGCAGUGAUGGAGAGGGAUAGGGUGGCUGCGCAGACAGCCAUUGCUGCUGCUGUUGCAGCAUAUAGUCCAAACCAGGUUGAUGGAACUACAGCAAAUCAUUGCAGUCGAGUGGGAAUAAUGUCAGAAUCACUUUCUGUCACUGCUGAAAGAUCCACUUCUUCCUCAGCCAAUGUGUGCUUUUAACAUCAUAAGUUGCAGAGUGUGGAGUGAAAUAGUAAGCAAUGUAAUAAGUAUUGAGACUAGUAAAAUUUAAAAUUUAGUAUCGGAGAGGGAACCUGCUUUAAAUUGAUAUGCAGUAUGAACCUCAGUUCUCUUGCUUAUUUUAUUAUACGAAGUCUCAUUUAGUUGGUUGUGUUGAUUGUAAAUCUCUUUGUGAACUUGUUACAUAAUGUAAAUACUACCUUUAGCCAAUAACUUGAAGUCACAGUGAAGGUUUGACAGUUGAAGUAUAUCUUUCUUUUCA